AUGAAAAAAAUAUUCACUAGCCUAUUAUUAUCUUCUUACUUUUUGCUUCAAUUAGUAAAAUCAUGUGACGAGAUAAUUUAAUGUUAGCCAAAUGAUUCUGAAUGUUUGGUUUAGUUGAGGCUAUUUGAGACAUGUGUCUCUUCAAGAUGUGAUUUGUACUAAAUUGAAUCUUAAUACACUGAGGAAUUAAGUAAAUGUUAUUCUGAGACUUGCAGCUCAAAAUUCGAGCCAUUCAAUCAACUGCUUUAAAAAUAUUCUAAUUGUUUGAUUGAAAGAAUGUAAAAUUAGAGUUUUCAUUCUAAUUUACCAACUCUUUAAACUAUUAUAGAUCCAAAUCUAUAAUAAUAAUGUAGCUAAAGACUUGCUGAUAAAUGUGUAUAAUUAUCUCCUGAGUGUCCUUAAAAAUUACUUAAGUAAUUUGAAUGCGCAAAGAGUAAUUGCUUCUCUCCAGAUAACUUUGUAUUAGUUGAUUAUUGUUUUACAAAAAUUUGUCAACCAGAUUUAGCUGGUUUAUAAAUUUUAAAUAAAGAUUAUGUUUAAUGUCUUUCUGGUAAAUCAUAAGAUUAAACUUAACCAUAAUAACCAAGUUAACCAAAUAUCAGAAGCACCAGCCAAAUGCUUAUUCUAUCUUUAAUAAUGUUAAUAUUAUCAACUAUUAUGUAUUGA